AUGUCCUCGGCCAUCGUGUUGGUGGGGAGCCGGCAGGUCAUCCCAUUGGCAAGUCGGCUGAUUGUUGGCAUACGCCUGCAGGGCACCAUCGGCUUCGUGGACCCCGCGAGCCCGUAUGUCGUCAAGCCGCGUCCCUAUGCGUCGUACUUGGCCACGACGCUGCGGCGCCUGCAGUGCGCCGUUGCGUUGUUUGUGCCGACGAACACGGAGCACGACCGGGAGAUGAUGAACAUGUUCUACCGUCGCGACUUCCCCGUCUCGUUCCGCUACGUGAACGACCAUUCGAAGUUCAUCGGCGCCGGCUCAGGCCGCGGCAACCGCAAGAGAGGCAUGGCGCCGAACAACUACACCGAGUACCUGCGCAUCAUGGCGAACGAGGCGAACGGCACAGGGCAAGACACAAGCCGCGUCCUCUUCAUCGACUCCGAGGUGAACUACCGCUUCACACCAGUGCAGACCAUCGUCCUCGACGCCUACGAGCCUCUGACGCGGCGGCAGCAACGAAGGCUUGUCCAGCAGCAGUACAGCAACCCGUUCGGUGACGUCUCAUCUCGGAACGCGCGGCGCUAUGGGGCAGCUGCGGCGAGGGCGAGAAAGAUGACGGUGCGACACCGCGCCGUCGUGAGUGCGCAACACUUGCAGGACGCUGUGGACAUGCAGCAGAAGUACACAGACUUCCUGAUAGCGGAGCAAGAGGGGGUGCAGCUGCCGCCGGAGAUGCGAAAUGGGGUGCAGGACGGUCAUGGGGGCGACCUCUGCCACUUUUCAAAAAGGCACCCACAGCGCUCCGCCCCGUCGUCGUCGUCGCCGCCACAUCCGCAGCAGGGUGGCAGCACGCGCGGUCGUGUUUCGGGGCCGCUAUCGACGCCUGGUCCGUCCUCGUUGGCGGACACCGAGAGUGACAAGACGCCUCCAGACGGCAACAAGGACAUUAAGGAGGAGCAGCAGCAACUGAGCAUGUCCUGCGCACUUGCCGUGAACCUGGAAGACUACAGCCUUGUCGCGCUGGCGGAGAUGAUCGCGGAGAUGUCGGCCAGCGAAACGAGCGUGGCCGACUACAUCAAGACGGAGCCGCUGAUCGAGAAGGUGGAGGUGCCUUUUCACGGCAAGGCGAACUACCUCGCACCCGAGAACUGCGACAACAUCGACCUGCUCAACUGGGACGAGAUCCAGGUAUUGGAGAAGGCGCACGGCACGGGAGUGCCCGAGAUGGUGGAGGAGACGGAGGAUCACAAGGACUUCUUUCGGUGA